CCACCCCCCCGCCACAUGGCGCGGGAGGAGCCGCCCGGCGGCGGGCGCAGGCGCCGCAGCGCUCGCCUCAGCGCCAUGGGCCGCGGGGGGCCGGCGGCGUUCCUCGGCGCUGUUGCUUGCCUUUGCUUCCUGGCUCCGGUGGCUGAGGGCUUCAAGAAGAGGGGACCCAGCGUGACAGCCAAGGUGUUCUUUGAUGUGAAGAUUGGAGACAAAGAUGUUGGCAGAAUUGUAAUUGGAUUGUUUGGAAAAGUUGUCCCGAAGACUGUCGAGAACUUCAUUGUGCUGGCAACUGGAGAAAGAGGAUAUGGAUACAAAGGAAGUAAAUUUCAUCGUGUGAUCAAAGACUUCAUGAUUCAAGGAGGAGACUUCACAGCUGGAGAUGGAUCAGGAGGAAGAAGCAUCUAUGGAGAAAGGUUUCCAGAUGAGAACUUCAAGCUCAGACACUAUGGAAUUGGAUGGGUUAGCAUGGCUAAUUCUGGCCCAGACACCAACGGAUCCCAAUUCUUCAUCAGUGUGACAAAGCCUUCUUGGUUAGAUGGAAAACAUGUAGUAUUUGGCAAAGUCCUUGAUGGAAUGUCUGUGGUGCACUCAAUAGAACUCCAGCAGACAGAUGAACAUGACCGGCCCCUUCAAGACUGUGUGAUUGUGAACAGUGGCAAAAUAGCUGUAAAAGAACCAUUUGUAGUUGAAGUAGGCGACUGGUGAGACCAACAGGCAGAAUGGAAAGUAAAACUUGAUCACUUUUCUUUAAGAUCUGUUUUUGACUGAUCUCAACUAUCCAUUGAGUUUUUGUCUCAAAACAUAUGAGGCUAUAUUUAGACAAUACUUCCAUUUGCCAAUAUAACAACUUGAUGGAGCUGUCACUCCUUGAAAUUCAGGACAUACUCCACUUAAUCCUAGAUCUUGCAGAAAAAGUCUUUAAUGAAAAAUUUUAGAAGUACUUCUGUUUUUUCAAGGUUCUCUGGAAAUUUUUUGCAAUAUUUGUUUCUGCCUUUUCAACUGAAAAUAUUUUCUGUAACAGUAUCAGCAUUUUAAAAACAA